CAAGGUCUCGAGAGACAAACAUUGAAGUGAAAAGGAAGCGGCAAGGAUCCAACGUUAAAGCUAUAGUAUUUGAAACAAGUUCAGUUUCGACUGGUUACAUCACCCCUAUGAUUUACCUGUUGGUGGACAAUUGAAGUCGUAAAGCGCAUUCAUAUUGAAAUAUAUCCAAUAUCAAUACAAUCUCUGGCGCGGAUGUUAUCACACUUCCCGAGUUCCCGUGAAUAUCUGCACUCGUCAUCAUGGCCAAUAGAUUUACCUUUGUUCAAAAAUUAAUUUCUCGCAGUACACCUCUGAAACAUAUUGUGGGAACCUAGUGAAUUCUUUUUGAACCAAUUACCAAGCUCCUGUCAUAUUGCAGCGGGAUCAAUAAGGGAGUGACGGCCGUGUAGGUAUGGUUGAUUGGGGAAACUGAAGAUGCGACAGACGACGCUCAGAGAUGGCGCGAGUUAGAUACCUUGAAUUUCUUCUCAUUAUAAUGGAAUUGUAUCCUCCGGUCCACACAGUACAAAUGACUGCCCGGGAGGCCCUGGAAUACGUGGCUUACGUGGAGACACACGACUGUAACGGGGGGACGGGGAACUCCCUACAGCUCCAGUUUGACCCUACGACAUGGAACUCGUACGCCCUGGCCGCGGUGCGAACUGCCAACUUCCUGUCCAAAAUGAUCACAUACAACAACAACAACGUGUCCAGUCUCUCCGAACAAGUGUUGUAUUCCCUGGUAACAAACAACGUCCACUUAAAGUCGGUCAUAUUUGGGUCAGCAAUAGCCCUGGAGCCUGACCCGUCCCUGCCCUACCCCCUGAUGUGUCCCUACGCCUACAAAGAAACCGAUAACUCGUCCUCUGUAUCGGUUCACGCCAAAGACUUGUCCGUGAGUUACAACUACACCGACCCCCAGACGGAGUGGUACCACACCCUCCGCUUCCAGAACUACACCCACCUGUCCAUCGUCACUGACCAAAUCCAGCUCAGAACAGGGAAUUCUCUGGAUCCGGCCAGUGACGUCACACAGCCGGUAGCUUUUCUGGAGGAUGGUCGUUGGACCAACCCUUACUACGACUGUGGGGGAGGGGACAUUUGGAUGGUCACUUACUCCUCUCCUUUCUUCGGACUAAGUCCAGACCACAAGUCUGUGAUAUUUAGGGGGGUUGCCACUAUCGAUAUAGAACUUACUAACAUCGAUGUCAAUCAGUGUGACCCUGACCUUGGGUCAUCUGGAGGGGCCCUGGACGUAUUCAGGGGGACACACAGCUGUCAGCCCACAACAGUCUGCGUGUUCACACCAGGUAAAGGAUUUACCCGCGGGGCCUACUUGUGUGAAUGUGCCCCGGGAUAUUUCUUCCCUGACACUCAUGCCAGUAACAAAUACUACAAUGGCAGCGAAAUCGAGGAAUAUAUCACGCGUAAUAAUCUGACGUAUAUUACGUCAUAUAAUCGCUACAGAUGCAACCAGUGUGCACCUGGGUGUGUGACGUGUACGACCGCUGCGCCAUGCCUGUUCACCAGGAACCUGUACAUCAAGGCUGUUGUCCUCGUACUGACCAUCAUCACUAUUGUUGUCAUCUUCAUCGUAUCUGUUGUGAUAUUCCAUCUCAGAGAAAGCAAGAUAAUUAAAAGCGGAAGUCCUAUUUUCCUGCUGUUAAUGUGUGCCGGAAGUGCAUUGAUGUGUCUUCAGCUCUUUGUGAUGUUUCCUGACGCAGACGACAGACUUUGCAUGGUAAUGCCAUGGCCGUAUCAUCUGGGCUUCGUCUUACUCUACGGUUCUCUCCUUCUUAAAACUUGGAGGAUAUCUGUGAUAUUCAGACAGGGUCAAAUUAAACGAAUUCAGCUGCCAGACAAGACACUGAUUCGACGAUUUGUUCCAAUAAUGGCCAUCACGGUGGCCUAUUUAGUGGCUUGGUCGUCAGCCUAUCGAAACACGACGCAGACGCGGGAAACCAAUGACGGGUUAAAGUUCACCAUGUGCACAGAAAACUGGUGGUCAUAUUCUGCUUAUGGAAUUGAGGUGCUCAUGCUUUUAUUUGGGGUAUACCUGUGUUUCACGGUGAGGAAGGCGCCAGCUUCUUUCAACGAGAGUAAACAUAUCACGUGGUCCAUAUACAACGCCAUCAUCCUGAGUACAUUCAUCUUAAUCAUUGUCCAAUUUGUCGCUGAGACGUCCGGACCCGACCUAAUGUACAUCCUGUAUUUUCUGAACUGCCAAGUUGUGGUGACGAUUACGAUGGUUCUAAUACUGGCCCCUAAGUUCUAUGCCGUUCACAUGAAGUUAGAAGUGCGGCGACGGGAUAGUCUGCCCACCAUUAGUGGAAUGAUGACGCAACACAUUAAGAGGCCAUGCCGCUCCGUGGGUGUCCAGACCACUCCCACUGGGGAGGACAAUGAUAUAAUAUCAAACAAUGCAACGUGGCUUCCCUUUCGGAAGCGUUCCAAAGUGAGGCCAAUCGAAGCUCCGUCCAGUAACAAGUACGAGACUACCAUGACAAUAGACUCAAUCAAAAGCACGUGAGGCCAGACAGCGACCAGGACAACCCAAUAUCUCUACCACCAUCACUUCCGUCCUGUUGGGGACGACAGCAAAACGAACGAAUCAAAAUAGUUCAAAUUGAAGGGGAAUGUUGGGGCCUAGGUGGCCCUUAAGGAAGUCCUCAAAUUCAAUUGGCUAUUCUGAAAGUUUAUCUAGACCUUGCCAACCUCAUGCAGAUUUCUGAAACCAUUCCACUGGCUAUGAAGGAAGUUGAACCCAACGCGGCAUUCUUAGUUUUCUGUCCAAGAGAAAGUUUGUUCAGUAUCCUCUAAGUAAGUAAGUAAAAGGGGGCGUGCCCCAGGAUAAUACAUUCUGGUUGCAAAGUUCACUCUCUACGACAUGUCAUCGUCCACAGCUACAUGUGAUCUGUUCACUCAAGCAGCAGGAACAAAAUCAAGACAAAGAACUCAUCCUUAAAUAUAUUGUUAAGAUAGUCUUAUUAUUGCGGUUCAGUUAUAUUGGACCAUUCGCGUAAAUAUUUGGGGAAAACGUCAAUUCUUUAAUAUACCUUUUAUAGUUCAGAUUUGUUUUUCAUAACAUUUCAAAAUGAACAGGGGCCUGUUUUCCCAAAGCAAUGUGUCAAUUAAAAAAAACUGAAUACAAAGUGUUUACUGCCAUGGGGACAUUGCCAAGGUAUAGUAUCCAGAACCCCCACAUCUUUCGUCAAAACAUUGUCCCCUGUACCCCCUCCUCCCCCCGUGUUGUGCUAGUUGCCCUGUGUAUAUCUCGGUGAACCAGUCUUUUACUUCACGUCCCAAGAACGCACAAAAAUGCAGAAUAUGCACUGUGUAUAUUUGCAGACCGUUGUCUUUUACGGUUUUACAGAAAAAGUCCGGAUAAUAAUAUCCAUUUCUUUUUUACAUAUCAAUCAUCACCAGAACUAGAAAACAGUUCUUUUAAAAUUCAUAAAUGUUUUGUAAAUUCUAUUGUUAUUAAAUCCCGAUUCAUGCAACGACUGAAAAAGUGAUAUUGACGGCCAAAUAUUGUUUGCCAGACUAAAAAUUUAAAAUAUCUUCGAAAUUUUUGACAACUUUCUGACUGGAUAUGAAUUAUUUACUAGAAUAUAAUAACCGAGUUUGGCGGAGGCAGGAAUGUUGGUUUAAAAGAAUAACAUUUCUUGAUGCCUGGGGUAUUUAGAUUUAUUAACAGAAAAUCCGGUUCCAGCAUACCCUAACAGAGGGGACGUUAUUUAAAAACGCAAACGGGUUUUCCAACUCAAUUUUAGUUAUUAUGUUUAGAUGAUGACAACUAAUUUGGUAUAAUGUGAAUCUUCAUUUUAAAAUGUAUACUGAAGAUUGAAAGAUUGGAAUUUCAGAAAAAGUAGCGGUAACUCGAAACUUUGUGAAUCACUUUAUCGCAAAUCAAACAAAAAUUUCUUGUUUGUGUCCAUAAAACUAAUGAAUCAGCCAUUUUGACCCCCCUUUUUUGUUUUGUUCAUUUUGUAUUGAGCAAUUAACUAUUUCAAUAUAUAUAUUGAACUGCACGUUUAAAAAAUAUACCCAGUGUAUAGUUCUGAAAAAUUGACAAAAGUAAUGUUACAUUGUAUAGUUUUGUCGUUUGGACACCAUACACCUUCACUUUGCCAAAUGAAUUUUUAAAAAUCAAUUUUGUUUUAAUGUACUUCUAAAAUAAACUUACAAAUACAUGUAUUUAACUACAACGAAUCAACAAAGUUAUGAACUUGCUUAAUUCUGUACAGUAUAUUUCUCUAAAGAAUGCACCCACAUAAUUUUGUAUUUUUUUUAAUUGUCCAAUGUAUGCUUUUAACACAUCUUUUCAUUUUUUUCAAUAAAUUUUGAGAAAAGCG